AUGGCUACAGAUGAUGCUGGUGUCUUCCUUGAAGUCGCCACGACGAUUGGGAGCGACACAGUCGAUGCAGUGGAAAUUUUGCAUUCUUCCGACUCGGACGAUGAGCCACUUCUCUCGAACACCCAGUACUUUUUCAAGGCAGUGGCAGUUAACCUUAUGGACAUUUGCGUCUCCGUGCCCAUCAGUCUGCAGCUGACGAAUACGACGGAAGCUUGGACUACUGCAGCUUCUGUUCCUGGAGCACCACCGAGUCCAUAUUUCCUGAGGGCUACUGGUGGCAUGAUCUCGAUGCUGAUAUUGAGGCCUGCGAAUAUGCAGGGUGCCAACUGUACCGGGUUUAAGAUAAAGAUCGGUGAUACCACGGGACAUCACAUUGAUAGCAGCAUUGAUGCUGACGACGACGUGACCUUUAACGCUACAUCUCUGCAAGCAAACUCGAGCUACAAGGUUUCUGUUGCGGUUAUUACGAACUUGGGAAUCUCUUCGUUUAGUAGCCCAAGUAUAAUGAGUACGACAACCUCCACAGCCCCGUCAACACCUCGUGAUGUCUCUGUAGCGAAUGUAACUGGAAACAGUGCACUUCUGGAAUGGUCGUCGCCUUUUGAUAGCGGAGACGCCGAUAUAACAGGUUAUACGAUCAUUUUGACGUCACCUGGACGGGAGGAGCAGAUAUCGGCCCUAUCGUCUCCCAUUCUGCUGGAAAACUUGGCUGCCAAAACAGUGUACACUGUAAAGAUGAUUGCCACAAAUGCAGCAGGGAAGAAAAGCACCCGCACCGUCGGUGGAUCUUUCAACACUCUGUCACUGACACCUCCAGGCAAGCCACUGGAUAUUUCGUUGGUCUUCGCCAGUGGUGGAGCUAUUGAGAUUGCGUGGAAUCCAUCCCAGAAUCGCGGAGGUGAAUUAUUGGCGUCGAUGGAGUACAAAGCCACUGCAUUCCGUGCUACUUCUUGCUUUGGCAGCAGCACCUCGAGUCCGUGUUCAGCUUGCAACUCCUUGAAGCUAAAAGACAGCCUGUAUCAGCUGAUCGAGGACGCGUCGGUCUGCGAACAACCUACAACACAAUGCUCGGAUAGUGCAUUCAACUGCUGUCUUACGCGCAAGAGCAGCAGUCAUGGCUUUGGCCUUUCGUGUGGACUGAUGACACCUGUAUCGGAACCACGAGUGGUGGUGGGCACAACUUCAGCAAUUUUUAAUGGGUUGAAUUACUCGUCAACCUACUAUUUCAGUGUACAAGCAAGCAAUCGUGCUGGAAAGAGCACGAUCUCCGAACUCCAGGGAGUCCAGACAACGUGA